CUGGCAACCCUAGCGCCAUUUUGUUACAGUGUUAGGGGGAAAGCUAGCUGUUAACUAUGAACAUUGUGGACUUUCUGCUCCACACAGUGUCCUCCCCGGGUCAGGUAUCGAGUCAGGACACUACGUAAAGGUCUGGAGGUACACGGAAAGAGGGGUGUUUGUAAUUAUUUACAACGUGUACAGGUUGGUUUGUGUGGGUUUUUUAUUCACGGUUAGCUAGUCACCGUUAGCUAGCCACCGUGCUCCACCGUGCUCACUCAGCUAGCUAACUUGUACUGGAGUUCCUCUCGGGGUUCCGGGAGAAGACUGGGGAAAAGCGUUUCGGGGAAAGAGCGUGGUGCAGGGAUCCCAGCUUCCAGCCCCGCAGAAGGCCUUUAUGUCAGUGAUCACAGCGACAGUGAUUUAAAAAGCCAAUAAAUAAAUAAUUAAGUGAAUAAAAACAGAGGGAGAAAGUUGGCGGUGAAUGAUGGCCGAAGAGACCCGACAGAACAGGAGCUCCGGUUUCUCAGCUCUGGUUGAAAACAGUAACGGAGUGAGAAAAACUCCGAGCUCCAAAUCCGGCAGCUCCAAGAAACUCGUCAUCAAAAACUUUAAAGACAGACCCAGGCUGACGGAAACCUACACCGAGGACACGUGGAUAAAGUUACGCGAUGCCGUCGGCGCUAUCCAGAACAGCACAUCAAUCAAAUACAACUUGGAGGAGCUUUAUCAGGCAGUGGAAAAUCUUUGCUCUUACAAGGUCUCGCCCAUGCUGUACAAACAACUCCGGCAAGUGUGUGAGGAUCAUGUGCGAGCUCAGAUCCGCCAGUUUCGAGAAGACUCUCUGGACAGUCUUUCUUUUUUGAAGAGGAUGAACAGAUGCUGGCAAGAUCACUGCAGACAAACAAUCAUGAUCCGUAGCAUUUUCCUCUUUCUGGAUCGCACAUACGUCCUCCAGAACUCCCUUCUUCCCUCCAUAUGGGACACGGGACUGGAGCUGUUUCGCGCACACAUUGUAAGUGACAGCGCAGUCCAGAGUCGUACAGUUGAAGGGAUAUUGGAGCAGAUUGAACGAGAGAGGAAUGGCGAGACGGUGGAUCGGAGUCUCCUGCGCAGCUUACUGGGCAUGCUCUCAGACCUCCAGGUGUACAAGGAGUCGUUCGAAAACAGGUUCCUGACCGAGACGGAUCGUUUGUACGCAGCUGAGGGACAGAGACUGAUGUUUGACAGAGAUGUGCCUGAAUACCUGCACCAUGUAGCACGGAGGCUGGAGGAGGAGAACGAUCGCGUUAUCAGUUACCUGGAUCAGAGCACACAGAAACCCCUGAUCUCUGCAGUAGAAAAGCAGCUUCUGGGGGAACACAUGACUGGCAUUUUACAGAAAGGUCUCAGCACACUGUUGGACGAGAACCGUGUGACUGAGCUGACACUGCUAUACCUGCUCUUCAGCAAAGUGAAAGGAGGCCUGCCUGUAUUACUGCAGUUCUGGAGAGAGUACAUCAAGAGCUUUGGUGGUGAGAUUGUUGGCUCUCCGGAAAAAGAUAAGGACAUGGUGCAGGAGCUGCUGGACUUCAAGGAUAAAAUGGACAACGUGGCGCAAGGCUGCUUCCAGAGGAACGAGGGCUUCAUCAAUGCCAUGAAGGAGGCCUUCGAAAGCUUUAUUAACAAAAGACCUAACAAACCAGCAGAGCUUAUUGCCAAAUACGUCGACUCCAAACUACGCGCCGGAAACAAAGAGGCCACGGAGGAGGAGCUGGAGAGAAUCCUCGACAAGAUCAUGAUCAUCUUCCGCUUCAUUCACGGAAAAGACGUGUUUGAAGCAUUCUACAAAAAAGACCUGGCUAAGCGCUUGCUGGUGGGCAAAAGUGCCUCUGUGGAUGCUGAGAAAUCCAUGCUGUCCAAACUCAAGCAUGAGUGCGGUGCAGCCUUCACCAGCAAACUCGAAGGCAUGUUUAAAGAUAUGGAACUCUCCAAAGAUGUUAUGAUCCAAUUCAAACAGUACAUGCAGAAUCAGAGUGAACCCAGCAACAUCGAUCUGACGGUCAACAUCCUAACCAUGGGCUACUGGCCCACCUACACCCCCAUGGAUGUCCACCUGCCCUCUGAGAUGGUGAAGCUUCAGGAGGUGUUCAAAACGUUCUAUCUUGGGAAGCACAGUGGAAGAAAGCUUCAGUGGCAGCCCACACUGGGUCACGCGGUACUAAAAGCUGAGUUUAAGGAGGGGAAAAAGGAGCUGCAGGUAUCUUUAUUCCAGACCCUUGUUCUGCUCAUGUUUAAUGAAGGGGAGGAGUUUACACUGGAGGAGAUCCAGACAGCUACAGGAAUAGAGGAGAGCGAGCUGCGACGCACGCUGCAGUCCCUGGCAUGCGGGAAAGCUCGAGUGCUUAAUAAAAAUCCCCGAGGGAAAGAAGUGGAGGACGGAGACCGCUUCAACUUCAACAACGACUUCAAGCAUAAACUCUUCCGCAUUAAGAUCAACCAGAUUCAGAUGAAGGAGACGGUAGAGGAACAAGUGAGCACCACAGAACGGGUUUUCCAGGACAGGCAGUACCAGAUAGAUGCAGCAGUCGUGAGGAUCAUGAAGAUGAGAAAGACUCUCAGCCACAACCUGCUAGUGUCAGAACUCUACAACCAACUCAAAUUCCCCGUGAAGCCAGGCGACCUGAAGAAGCGCAUCGAAUCCCUCAUUGAUCGAGACUACAUGGAGAGAGACAAGGAGAGCCCCAACCAGUAUCACUAUGUGGCCUGAGAUCCGUUGUUGGACUCGGUCACAGAGACUUGCCCUUUACUUCGGGCCGCGCGCCCUAAGGACAGCCUGACCCACCCUUUGAGGACCCCGAUAAUGGCCACCAGUAGAGUGACUAGGGUUGGCAUGGGGACCUUUUAAAGUACUUUAAAGCGGUGGGGUUAAAGUGUGACGUCAGGAGGAUCGCACGAGGAGAACGAUCAGCUGAUAAUUUCCACAAACAAGCACUUUGUUUUUUCUUUUUGUUUCUUCUUUCCUUUUUUUUCCCCUUUUGAGUUUUGCUUUUUUGUGGUCAGUCUUUUGAUGUCUCACAUGUGCUUAUAGUUUAAUUCGCCCUACCGCUCUCUUUCUGUUUCUCUCUCUCUCUCGCUCUCUCUCUCUCUCUCGCGCGCUCUCUGACUGCUGACUUGUCAUCGAUAAGCGAAUUCAGUCAUGUAUGGCAGCAGGCUGUGUUAGCGUCAGGGCUUUUGAGAAUUCUCACUCAGGCUAAGAAAAUGUCAAUAAAGCGAGCGCUUUCCUCGCAAAAGCUUCACUAACCCACGUACGUACCGCAAGAUUGGAUUCUCUGACACGUCCUACAGUUUUCAUGCACUGAAAAAGGCUAAAAUGAGUGACAAAGAAAUGUUUUUUUUAAGACUCAACAAAGCACAUUAGUGUGUGUGUGUGUGUGUGUGUGUGUGUGUGUUGCAUGUGGAUAUGUGUGUGCUAGAAAUUUUUUCUUGUAAUUCACCACUAAAGAUAUUCAGAAAAACA